GGCAGCACACGCUUGGAGAGUGGGAAGCCCUUAGGGGCGGGGCGGGGGGCUGGCGGCCUGCAGGUGUGGGCGCGAGGAUGCCGGUGGCUGGAGAGCUCCAGUAGGCAGCGUCCCGCGUCCAGGGCGCGGCCGGCCGCGCGGCCGCUCCUCCGCGACGCUGCGCGGCGGGGGGGCUGGACCGGAGGAGCACCCGGCAUGUCGCAAGGUCUCCCGGCUGCCGGCAGCGUCCUGCAGAGGAGCGUUACGGCUCCUGGGAACCAGCUGCAGCCACAGAGCCCAGAGGACGAUGACAGGAAGGUCCGAAGGAGAGAAAAAAACCGAGUUGCUGCUCAGAGAAGUCGGAAGAAGCAGACCCAGAAGGCUGACAAACUCCAUGAGGAAUAUGAGUGCCUGGAGCAGGAAAACACAAUGCUGCGGCGAGAGAUCGGGAAGCUGACGGAGGAGCUGAAGCACCUGAGCGAGGCCCUGAAGGAGCACGAGAAGAUGUGUCCGCUGCUGCUGUGCCCCAUGAACUUUGUGCCGGUGCCGCGGCCGGACCCCGUGGCCAGCUGCCUGCCCCGGUGAAGCCUAAGGACCGUCCUCCUCUGCCCAGCAAGGAGCUUUGGUCUUUUUUCACACCUGUGAGGAGGGUUCCCUCCUCAUCUGUGUGCAAGAGGACCGGUGGCCAGGCCUUUUCCACUAUUUCCUCUUCCUGAAGAGGUCAUCUCCUGAUCCUCGGGUUGUUUUGCGGCUCAUGGGUCUUGCUUCUCCAUCCUGGUCAUCUCCCCCACAGCCACAUCCAUGCUAGAUGGGGGAGGCACCUUGCCAGGUCUCCUUCUCAGAGCUCUGGGCCACUUCUCACAAGUGCCUGAUUCUCAAAGCCUUGAGCGGGUCCAGGCCAGGCCAGAAGACCACCCUCAGAAGUCACUUCACAUCCACUUUGGCAGCUAGUAGGUUUCUGCUGUUAUGCAGAAUCAUUUCCUCAAGAAUUUGGAUAAUAAAGAUGGCUAUUAUCUCUUCUUUCCGCCAAGUUCUCGGAAUUUAGAGAGACAAUACAUUUCCUUUCCUGAAGAGGCUGUCUUCUGUCUCCUCAGGUAGUUUUGCAGCUCAUGGGUCUUGCUUCCCGCUCCUGGUCAUCUGCCCCACAACCUUGCUAGAUGGGGAGGCACUUUUGGGAGGGCUGCAGAGCAAAGGCCAUCGGGACUUCCCCACCCCAGCUGGGUCAUGAAGGGGCUUGCAGACCCCUGUAGGUGUCUUGACUGCAGAUGUGCUCUGAGCCCCGCUGUUACUGCAGUUCAGCAGGCUGCUCACCCACCCUACUGCUAACCCCAAGGUGUCCAUGCCUGCGGGGCCCCUUGGCUCCACAUUAUAAUUCAGGGACCAAUCUCUUUCCAUUUAUUUGCUCUGUACCCCCAAGGCAUAGGAGUCCCUUUGGAUCCUCUACUCGGAAUAGGGGACUCAGGAGGAGGGGUC